UCAAAAACAUAUAUACAUUCAAAAGCUGUCUGUCUAAUUCUUUUUUUUUUUUUUAAUUUUUUGGAUCUCCAAAUUGGACGACUCAAAAGUCCCUUUUCUCAAAUGACUCAAAAAUUCCACGUAAUCUUCAUGUUUCCCAAACGACUUGACUGCUGCCUCAGCUUAGAUUUGCAACACCUGAACCCUACCACAAAACUCCAUUAACUUCAAUUAAGCAAUCACCAGCAGUAAACUUCGGUAAUUUUGUCCGCACAAUAUUUUGAGCAGACCUCACUUUUUCUUGAAGUUCAACGAACAAGAAUCAAGAUGAGAGACAAUAGUUGAACCGUUGCCCUACAAAGUCUCAAUUCUUUUGUCAUGACCAAUAAACGAGCCGUUGUUCAAAGGGAGUAGCAUCAAAUUUGCUUUUUAAACCAAUAAAAACAAAUCCAUACAAGUCAGACAGAGGUCUUGCCGACGAGAUAAUGCAACUUAAUGAGAGGUUCAAAACGCCUCCGCAGCGCUUGCACAAUUGCCCCCUCCCUCUCUCUCUCUCUCUUCCUCUCUUACUUGGAUGACAGCAAAUAUGAUGUCCCUAAAAGCAUUUCAAUCCCCUUUUACUCCAAACAAGCACGCUUUACUCCGAGGAAGAGAUUACUCCAAGAGGAAGUACACCAACCUCCUCCUAUGCAAGGCAAACGAAUCAGAUUCGGGAACACCGCCACCUGAAGGAGAUAGAAGAAAGCAGGAAUUGCUUGCCCGAAUAGCAAUGCUGCAAGCCCAAAAACUACGUCUUACUGAUUACUUAGAUGAAAGGUCCGCAUAUCUGACCCAGUUUGCAGAAGAAGCCAAUGCUGAAAUUGAUCAAAUAGGUGAAAAUGCUCUCAAAGAACUUGAUGAAGCUGGCUCCAGGAUAAUGGAAAACAUAGAGAGCCAGAUGCAAGCCUUUGAAGAAUCGGCAGAAUUGAAUAAGCAGGAGAUUGAAGAAAGUGAGAAGAAGUUGGCAGAUUUCGAAGGCCAAAUUGAGGAGGACAGAAACGAAGGUCUGUUCUUCAAGAACUUGCGCCAGAAAACACCCCCUGGAAAAGAGAGAGCUGAGGAGGAGAGAAUGAAGCUUAGAGAGCUUACCAAGGAAAAUGCUGGGUCUAAAACUAGGAGGAACAUUUACCUUGCACUAAUAGGCUUGGUACUUAUUGGAAUUUGUGAUGCGUCGAUCACUUCAUCAUCUGACUGGCGUAAGGUAGCAGUUCUUGGAGCAAUCUUGGUGGGUUUGCUUUCUCAACUCCUCUACGAGCAAAUGAUGUUGUCAGAGACAGAAAAAACAGAACAAAACAAAAGCAAAAUAGAUAAAGAGUGAUUUUUUUUCUCCCCACACCACUGAGAUAUUUGAUUUCACUAUAGCAGUUUAAGAGAAAACAAUUUGAGUGUCGCAUGAGUUAUAACCCCAAAUAAGGUCUUACCAUUUGGGGCUAAUACAUCAAGCAAAUUUAGUUUUGCAUCAUUGCUA